AAUAAGACCGUAAAAGUCAAUUGGUAAUUCUAAAACCCAGAUAAAUUACUAUUUGAGUAUUGCAUAUUUACAUGUCUAAGAUUACUAGGCAUACCAUUUAUAAUGUUUUUUUUUUUUUUAAUUCUAAUUUUAUUUUUUAAAUUCACAUCCAAGUUAGCUUAUAGUGCAACAAUGAUUUCAGGAGUAGAUGCCUUAGUGCCCCUUACCCAUUUAGCCCGUCCCCCCUCCCUCAACCCCUCCAUUAACCCUGUUUGUUCUCCAUUUAAGAGUCUCUUACGUUUUUGUCCCCCUCCCUGUUUUUGUAUUAUUUUUGCUUCCCUUCCCUUACAUCCAUCUGUUUUGUAUCUUGAAGUCCUCAUAUGAGUGAAGUCCUAUGAUACUUGUCUUUCUCUGACUAAUUUCGCUUAACAUAAUACCCUCUAGUUCCAUCCAUGUAGUUGCAAAUGGCAAGAUUUCAUUCUUUUUGAUUGCCGAGUAAUACUCCAUUGUAUAUAUACACCACAUCUUUAUCCAUUCAUCCAUCGAUGGACAUUUGGGCUCUUUCCAUACUUUGGCUAUUGUUGAUAGUGCUGCUAUAAACAUUGGGGUGCUUGUGCCCCUUCGAAACAGCACACCUGUAUCCCUUGGAUAAAUACCUAGUAGUGCAAUUGUAGGGUCGUAGGUUCUAUUUUUAAUAUGUCAUUUGCAAACAUCUUCUCCCAUUCUGUCGGUUGCCUUUUAGUUUGUUGAUUGUUUCCUUCGCUGUGCAGAAGCUUUUUAUUUUGAUGAGGUCCCCAUAGUUCAUUUUUGCUUUUGUUUCUCUUGCCUCCGGAGACACGUUGAGUUAGAAGUUGCUGCGGCCAAGAUCAAAGAGGUUUUUGCCUGCUUUCUUCUCGAGUAUCUUGAUGGCUUCCUGUCUUACAUUCAGGUCUUAAAUCCAUUUUGAGUGUAUUUUUGUGUAUGAUGUAAGAAAGUGAUCCGGUUUCAUUUUUCUGCAUGUCGCUCUCCAGUUUUCCCGGCACCACUUGCUGAAGAGACUGUCUUUGUUUUAUUGGAUAUUCUUUCCUGCUUUGUCAAAGAUUAGUUGGCCAUACGUUUGUGACUCCAUUUCUGGGUUCUCUAUUCUGUUCCAUUGAUCUGAGUGUCUGUUCUUGUGCCAAGGAUAAGUAGAAUUUUAAUACAUAGAAAAGGAAGGACAUUCCAGGCAGAGGGAACAGCAUAUGCAAAACCUCAUGGUUUUGGUAUAUGCUAUGUGUGAGAACACAGCAAAACUGUUAUUAAGUUGGUAGGAAAUUAUCAAAGCAGAUUAAAUAUAGCAUAUCUUCAAGACUGAUGUUUUGAGUAUGUAUUCAUAUAGAUGAAUGAGAUAAAUACAUAAGCCACAUUUCUGUCAGAAUCCAUUUCUUAUUAAGCUAUGGCAAUACAGAAUGCUUUGUCUUGUUUUUCUACCUUUAGUAGCUGUGUAAACCACCUAUUCAUUUAUAAAAUGGAGAGACGUCUAAUAGCUUCACCAGAGUUACUCUACCUUAUAAAGUACUUAGAACAAUGCCUAACACACACUAAAAAAUAAUAGCUAAUGUUAGUUAAUGACCUUACAGAGUCAACUGGAAGUUGGUCCUAAUUUGUAGCUUUAAUUAACAAUAAUUACUUUAGCCUCUGAUUUUUUUGUCCUGCAAACAUAAAUGCUUUAAAACACAAGGUUUUUUUUAGUGGAUCCAUGACAAAAGCCUGAAAAGUAGAUCAGAAACUAAUAACCACAUUUUGUCCCAUAGCCCAAGGCCAUUUUGGAGGAAGUGGCAAUCAUCGGAGCAAAGACAAACCCCAGGCUAUUUUUUGAAGCUUCAGAUGAGUAGAACUAAUCACAGAAAAGCUUGGAGUUUGCUGCUUUAAAGGCAGACAAGACCCGAUUGUUUAUGACAAAAGGCUUGACCCACCACAGUAGCUAUUGCACACACCGAGGCUGGAAAGGCCAAAACCACAGAUGAACUUCUGCCCGAUUCAAAGAUCCGGAGGCUCCUGGCUUUUGUGCAUAAACACACAAUGAAUGAAAGAAGCCCCUCAAGUCUGCAUCGGACGCCCGUGCCUUCACUUUCCGUGAUUCUCUGAACACCCAGAAUGAGCCAGAAGAGACUAUGAAAAAGGAGAAAAAGUCAGAAGCCCUGAAUAUCAGAGGUGUCCUUUUGCAUGUGAUGGGCGAUGCCCUGGGGUCAGUGGUUGUGGUGGUCACGGCCAUCAUAUUCUACGUGCGUCCCCUGAAAGGCGAGGACCCAUGUAACUGGCAGUGCUACAUAGACCCCAGCCUGACCGUCAUCAUGGUCGCCAUCAUUUUGUCAUCUGCCUUCCCACUCAUCAAGGAGACUGCUGCCAUUCUGCUGCAGAUGGUCCCCAAAGGAGUCAACAUGGAGGAGCUGAUGAGUAAACUCUCGGCCGUGCCCGGGAUUAGCAGUGUACAUGAAGUGCACAUCUGGGAACUUAUAAGCGGAAAGAUCAUCGCCACCCUGCACAUCAAGUAUCGGAAGGACAGGGGCUAUCAGGACGCCAGUAUGAAAAUUCGAGAAAUCUUCCACCAUGCGGGAAUCCACAAUGUGACCAUCCAGUUUGAGCAUGUGGACUUGAAGGAGACCAUGGAGCAGAAGGAUCUGCUGUUGCUCUGUAGUUCACCCUGCAUCUCCAAGGGCUGUGAGAAACAGCUGUGCUGCCCGCCCGGGGCCCUGCCUCUGGCCCAUGUCAAUGGCUGUGCAGAGCACAAUGGCUGUCCCCCUCUGGACAUGUACCCAAGUGACGGUCUCCGUGGACAAGUAACAAGAGAAGUGGCUAUUGAAGUAUCUUUGGACAGCUGUCUGAGUGACCACGGACAAGCUCUGAGCAACACUCAGGAGGACCAACAUUAUGUCAACAGCACACAUUUUUAAUCUUGUCCUGACGUACACAGACAGUAUAGAUGAGGUGUUCGGGCUUGUGGAAGGACCUCUGUGGGCUGUAGGCACUGGUCAAAUUCAUGGUGUGCACGCUGUGUGUUCAUCAACGGGCUGGUUGUUUGGGAUGUUAAUUGCAUGUGUCUGUUAAUUUUUAUGUGACUGUGAACUCCUUUACGUCGUCCUGGGUAUCUCAUGCUGCUCUUCAACAAACUCACUGUUUUAGUUUGAACAUUUAUUUCAAAAAGCAAACCAUGCCAGCAUACGUAUCAGGGACAUUGAAGGCUGGGACUCAAUGGCUGUGGACACAGGAUUCAGAGUAGUUUUUGUUUUAAAGUGAUUCGAUUUUGUGGCUGACUCUCAGGUGAGCUCAUAGCCAAGUACAUCGAAAAAACUAAAGAACCAUGUUAGUUAAUGUUUUUUUCAUUCCAUUAUAAGAUCAUAAAAGAGGAAGGUUGGGUAGUCCUGUCACUGCAGAAUUUUUGUUCUUUGACUUGUUUUCAAAUAAAUGCAAAAUGAAUACCUAUUAAAGUAGAAAAUAGUCUCAGAACAUCAAAGGAAGGAGAGAUUAUUGGGGGAAGACAGGAAGAAAAUGCCUCCUGACUACCUCUUCAUUUUGCAGGGUGGAGAGAAAACUAGUGUUUACUUUCUGCUGUGAACUGAACUACAACUAUAGGGUGCUUCAAAUGUUUAAUACACAAAUGCUUUUUUUUUUUUUCACUUGGAAGUGUGGGAAUAUUUCUACUUCCUGAAGUAUGACACAAUACUUACCUUCUGUCUUGUAGAAUCAGUCCAGUUGGGAUUGUUUUCAUUUAUUCUCUAUUGGACUUAUUUGUCCAAAUUUCCUUUGAGUCUUCUUUUAUAUGAUCAUGUGGAUAUAUGUAGCAUUUAUCAGGAGAAAAUGGAUAUUUCUGGGAGAGAAUAAUAUAUGACACUGAGUAUUCCUACCUGCCAAAAAUAAGCUGGAUUGACUUUUCUUCCAUUAGACAUAUUUUUAAGUAUUUAGUAUAGUUGCCAACUAGUAACUUCAUGGAAAAGUCUAUGUGUAGAGAGACCCCGAUGGGUUGCAAAAUUGACUGACAGCGAUCAUCUCUUAGGCUCUAGACACAGAGUCCUGUUGUAAAUCUGUGCGGUACUCAAACAGAAAUCCUGGGUUGGUAACGCGAAAAGCACCCACGUUUUUCAGCAUUAAUGCCGUUUAAACAAAUGUCUUAGUGUUCGUUCUUAGGCUGAAAUAAGUAAGCAUCUGUGAUCAGUAGGAUAAGAAUUUUUUUCAUUCCUUGAAAAUUUAUUAUCUGAGUUUAAAUUGGCCAUGAAUUAGUCGAAUACGUUUUUGUCCCUAGGAGUUUGUUGGACUAGUCUAUAGACAGUGUAUAGCCAAAAGAGGGGUAAAAUAUAAGACAACAUUUUAAUCUUUAAUCUUAAAAGUAUGGCAUGCACUCACAAAAAAACCAGGGGAUUCUCUUUGAAACUCACCACGGUGUUAAGUGGACCAAAAUCUAGACAGAUGUUGGUUGAGAUGCCUUGACUGGAGCCAAAGAGGAAGUCUGUCCCUCACUUCCAAUUGGUUCCCAUCAUUCUGCUUUUUAUUAGAAGGAAAAGAUUAUAAUUUUCUAGUUUCUGUGCCCCUGGCUAAAGAAAUGCAGACUAGUUUACAUCCAGAUAAUGUUCUCUACUCUCUAAAGUAUUUUUUAGGAAAGGAAAAGGCACUAAAUUUAAAUGUAACAAAUUUACCACAGAGGUAGCUUGACGACCACUUAAUCACAUACCGCAUUAUGGAGUAGAGUCAUUGUGAAAUAAUCCUUUUUAAGACAGCUAGAGUACAUUUAAUGAGUUCAAACAAGCUCAUUCAGUGCAAUAUUUUUGUACGGGUUAAGUGGUUUCCUCUGUCAUCUCAGGCAGUCAUCGUGACAUCCUCUGUCAUCGUGAUGCCUGCAGUAUGAUAUUUUUACUUGAGUUUUACUCUCUCUUUAGUUGUCCUGCAUUUCAAGUCUCCCAAGGAAAUGCAGGAACUUUCUUCUCGUUGAGUCAGUCUUGCCUGGUGACUCUAGGGCCUGCUGAACAGUGGCUUUACCCAACACUGUUUUCCUCUGGGAUUAGAAAAAUGCUGUCAUUUCACUUUCUAGUGUUCCUGUGUGCUUAGGUUCAUUCCAGAAAUCUUUCCUUCUUUUUUUUUUUUUUGAAAUGAAAAUAAUUUUUUAAAAGUCUAGGGCGUCCUCUGUGGGUCUCCAGGCAUUGCUACAUCCCCUGGGGGCAAAUUUGUCUCUAUUUCUGAGUUACUGACUUAAACUAAGGGUAGGUGAGAGUUAUUGCUGACAAAAGUCCUUCGAGAGCCCUGUAUUCAUUUUAAUAGUAUCAGUUCUGCAGAAUUCAUUCUUUAAAAAAUGAAUUUUAGGCUGGGUGUCUCAGUUGGUUAAGCGUCCAACUCUUGAUUUCAGCUCAGGUCAUGAUCUCAUGGUUCUUGAGUUCGAGCCCUGCACUGGGCUCUGUGCUGACAGUGUGGGGCCUGCUUAGGAUUCUCUCUCCCUCUCUCUCUCCCUGCCCCUCCCCUGUUCAUGCUAUCUCUCUCUCUCAAAAUAAAUAAACUUAAAAAUAUAUUUUUCAAGGUGAGAUCAAACUGCUCAUCAAAAUUACAGUUAUCUCUACAUAGAAAUUUUGAACAUUUAAAAAGAUAUAGCUUGGGGAUAUUUAAAAAGAUAUAGCUUACAAAUCUGAUUAUACAGAUCAGUCAAUAUAACAGUGAAUGAAAUGAAGAAAAAAGCAUUUGCUGUCACUAUACUGUCAUGACCUCUUCAACUCAUGAAUGUCUUCAGUUUGAAGAUGGGACUACAAAAGGAGGCCAGAAAAUACUGGUAUGAUUGAUUCUUGGGGCUAAGGUGUUUAAUUCUCUAUCAGUUUUAAACUUGAUGAUGUGUCUUUUAUUGGUUCUAGGACAAGCAGUUCAUCUUGGUGCUAAGGACAAGUUCAGAUGUUAAAAAAAAAAUCUGUAUUAUUUGUGGUUAACUGAAUCCUUUGCCAAAUCCUACCGCAUUUUUUCCCAGGAGGACAAAAUAUGUUUCCUGCUUUUAAAUGUAUCUUUACACCGUUACAGUUAAAGACUACAAAAAAAGACUGUGCCAGAAAAAUAAUGAGGAAACAUGACCUGAUUUGGGUUUUGAAUUUAGACUGAAUAAUGAUUAUGCCUGUUUUGUAACUCUGCUGUUCACCUGAUCGUUUGUUACUUAUUUGUGCUUCUGAGUGUAUUUGCACGUGAGUCGUCGCAGGUAGGAAUGAAGUUACUGAAUCGGGAAACCGUGGCGCAAAUGGAAAUUGCAUCAGACCCUAAUCCUCACCGUAAUCUAAAUGUUCUUAUGAAUUUGGAGAUUAGCUAAUGCAUUAUGUGUCAUGUUCAGGAGCGUCUCUUCUCAGGUGUUUUAUUCUGGACCUUUUUGUUUACAUGGAACGUUUUUGAAUAUCGCUGAAUGGAUCAAUAUUGCUGGAUGUCUCCUCUUGGUACAAAGCCAGGUCAGAGGCGAUGAACCUGUUGUCUAGUGGGGAUAAUCCAGGAAGGAUGAUGGUUUUCGAGGGAGAGUGACCCUUCCAGGAGGUCCGAAGUUAUGUUACAGUAUUAUGGAGCUUUGUUGCUUGAAGUCUUCCUUCUGUCCUCACAGGCGAUUUUGCCAAAGUGUAAUUGUCACAUUUUGGGAACUAUUCAGACUUGAAGAUGUCAAGUUUAAAUAGCGCAUUACUAAUUGCACGUGAACUCCCCCAGCAAUGCAUGCACAUACACAUAUCUGUAAAAGCAAAAGAUGUUCAAUGGUGCUGUAAAUAAAUAAACAACAACAACACAUGA